AUGUCACAGAAAAACUAUGACUAAUACAAAAGAGUUUAAAUCGAGCUUUAGUAUAAAUCUUAAAGAGAAGACUCUAAAAUUUAGACUUAAGCAAAAAACAAUAAUACUGAAUGCAUUUUUGAACAGUAAAUUACACAUUAAGAUAGGCAAGGUGAACACUAUAAAUAGAUUAAAUCAGUAGGUGAAGAUGUAUCAAAUAUAGGAUUAAUUGAUAAAAACUUAGGUCACAGAAAUGUAUCUCCUGGUCAAAAAUAGAAUCCAUUAGCUUAAGCAUAUGAUUUUCAUGGAAUAAGUAUGAGGAAUCGUUAAAACAUGGUUAACUGGAUGCUAUAAGUCAUGAGAGUACUUAAAGUUGCUUCGCUUAAGACUUUUAUGAUAUCUGUAUAAAUUAUGGAUAAAUACUUUAUAAAAAACUAUGGCCUAUCUAAUAAGAUAAAUAAAGAUGAUUUGCAUUUGGUUGGUAUGACUAGUAUUAUAAUAAGUUCAAAAUUUGAAGAUGUAUCUCCAAUCGAUAUUGAUGAAUUAGUUGUAAGAGCUGGUCAUUUGAAAUUUACAAGGAGAUAAAUAAUAAGCAAGGAGGUUGAAAUGUUAAGAGUUUUAGAAUUCAAAAUUUUUAUGACUUGCAUCAAUGAUGAUGCACAAUCAGAGUUUUCUUCAAUUCUUUAAGUCCAUCAUUUUUCAGCUUUGGAAUAAACCUAUGUUCAAGAAAUAAAAGAACUCAUUGAUUUUUUAUGCGUAUUGCUACAAUAUGGUGCUAUUGAUACUCAUUUAGGUGGUCAGUAUUUUGCCAAAUAACUAGUAUAGUAUGCUUUUGAUAUUGUUUUAUUGGAAACAUUUAAUAAGAAAAUUGCAAGCAAUAUUAUUGAAGGAGAUAAGCUUUUGAUUCGUGAAAAAGAUGAUAUCAAAGUAAUAAAUAAGCUUUUUAUCAUCCUAAACUAACUUGCAUCAGACAAAUAUACUGUUGAUUAAAGUAAUGAAAAAGAGGAAGGAAGUUUAUAGGAUUUAUUAUUUCACAUCUAUAAUGAUAUUGCGAUUGGAAAAAUAAAUGGCAAACAUCUUAAAAAGCUUUACCCAAAUUAUUUCUAAGCAGAGAUGAGUCUAAUUAUAAGGGAGAUAUUUUAUUAGAAAAGCUCUAUUUGA